UGUUUUUGUUCUUUCUGUGAACGUUCUUCCCUGUUUCCGAUGUCUUCCACAUUCGUGGAAGUUUUAAAUGUGGUUGCGACAAAAAGUUGGGAAGUUGAUUCCGAUUUUAUAGUAAGUAGUCGAGUCGUUGUGUACCCGAAACUUCUCGGCCACAUUAAUUGUGAACGUUCUUCCCUGUAUCCGAUGUCUUCCACGCCCCCGGAAAAUUAUUUGAUUUUUCAAUAA